GCCAGCCGUUUCAAACCGUGCGAGAGCUAAUUCAGUCUCAUUCUUCGUCGCACACACGAAAGUAGUUGUUCGAAAAGCGGUCGUUUCGUCGGCGGUUCGCACACCGCACUUAAAAAACGAGUCAUUCCAUUGACCAGAGAUCAGUCUCUAUAGCCUAGAUUUCCGUUUAGUUCUAGACUAGACAGUUUCUAUUUUUUUCAUUUGGGGGUUUUUAACCUAAAAGUACGAAGUACCUUUUAUUUUCAUAUGAGCAAUGCGUAAAUAACCAUCAUCACAAAGUGCAAUAAAUUCAAAAUCAAAAAAGUGAUAUUGUUUUCAAUAUUGUGCAUAAUAAAUGCUCUAAUUUCUUCCAUCGAGUGUUUUUAAAAAAUCAUUAUCUUUGAGUGUUGCAGGUGCAAGCUUCUUGAGGUGUGAUCCAGUUUUUCUUUUCUUUUUGUUCCUUCAAGAAAACAAAAUAACCCUCAUUCAUCAUGGAAGUGACGAUAAGGGCAGAAUCGGCAGAUCCUGUUGACUCAAAACUAACUUGCGGUGAAAAGACAUCAAAUUUCUUUGGAAAUCAUUGGAAGGGACUUAUAGUAUUUUUUACUCCCUUAAUAUGUCUUCCAAUAAUGGUUCCCAACUAUACACCUGAAUACAGAUGCAUGUAUUUACUUAUGGUGAUGGCCAUUUUUUGGGUCACCGAAGCACUGCCUCUCUACAUAACGUCGAUGAUUCCAAUUGUUGCUUUUCCCAUGAUGGGAAUCAUGAGUUCAGAUGAAACAUGCAGAUUGUACUUUGGUGAUACAUUGGUGAUGUUCAUGGGAGGAAUUAUGGUUGCACUUGCAGUGGAAUAUUGUAAUUUGCACAAACGUCUGGCGUUACGUGUUAUUCAAUUCGUGGGCUGCAGUCCCAGAAGGCUUCAUUUUGGUCUUUUAACGGUAACAAUGUUCUUAUCUAUGUGGAUAUCAAAUGCUGCUUGUACUGCCAUGAUGUGUCCAAUUGCUCAAGCUGUCUUAGAAGAACUUCAAGCUCAAGGAUUAUGUACAAUGUACACAACACCCAAAUACAAGUCUCUUGCCAAAAAAGAUGGAGAAGAAGAACCACCAUAUCCUUCAAAAGUUACACUUUGUUACUUCCUUGGUGUGGCUUAUGCCUCAUCGAUGGGGGGUUGUGGAACAGUUAUUGGAACAGCGACAAAUCUUACAUUCAAAAGUCUUUAUGAAGGACGAUUUAAAUUUGCCACCGAUAAUUUGGACUUUCCGACUUUCAUGUUUUACUCAGUACCUUCAAUGUUGGUUUAUACAUUUUUGAUGUGGCUGUUUCUACAAUGGCAUUUCAUGGGUCUUUUUAGGCCAAAGAGUAAAGAAGCUGCUGAGGUAAAUAUUGGCAGAAAUGGUGCUGAUGUUGCUAGAAAAGUCAUCGAUCAAAGAUACGAAGAACUUGGACCAAUGAGUAUUCAUGAAAUUCAAGUUAUGAUUUUAUUCAUUUUGAUGGUUAUUAUGUACUUUACCCGGAAACCUGGUAUCUUCCUUGGAUGGGCUGAUAUUUUGAAUGAGAAGGAUAUCCGGAAUUCCAUGCCAACUAUUUUCGUUGUGAUUAUGUGCUUCAUCCUGCCAGCAAACUAUGCCUUCUUAAAUUAUUUCGGUGGAAAAGGACCAGUUCCAAACAAACCCAUUCCCGGACUUAUCACAUGGAAAUUCAUUCAAACCAAAGUUCCAUGGGGUUUGAUAUUCUUGCUUGGCGGUGGAUUUGCCCUUGCCAAAGGAAGCGCAAAAAGUGGAAUGGCAGCGCUUUUGGGAAAUGCUUUGAGUGGACUUAAAGUUCUACCCUCAGUGGUUUUGUUAUUCGUAGUUAUUGUAGUGGCAGUUGUUAUGACAGCUUUCAGUUCAAAUGUUGCAAUUGCAAAUAUUAUUAUUCCAGUUUUAGCUGAAAUGUCUGUUGCCAUUAAAAUCCAUCCAUUGUACUUGAUUCUACCUGCUGGCCUGGCUUGCAGUAUGGCCUUCCAUUUGCCAGUUAGUACACCUCCAAAUGCUUUGGUGCAAGGAUAUGCUAAUAUCCGUACAAAGGAUAUGGCUAUUGCUGGUAUAGGUCCAACAAUUGCCAGUGUUGUUGUUCUUUUCAUCAACUGUCUAACAUGGGGCCCAAUUGUCUAUCCUCAUCUUAAUACAUUCCCUGAGUGGGCACUCAUUCCGGCGAAUGCAACAAAAAUUUAAAAUAAUAGUAAAGUAGGACAAAAUAAAAAAUACAUAAGUAUAUAUUUUAACUUUAAGAUUUUUGUAUUUCUCUAUAAUGUAUGUACAAUUAUUUAAGAACAAUCUAAAAUAUUUUAAAAAAAUUGCCACUCCCGAAAAGAAAUCAAGCAUUUACUUUCUUAAUCUUGAUAAAACUUCUUAAAAAAUAACAAUUAAAUUAUAAAUUUUAAAUCAAAAACUAUAAAUGAAAGCAUUUAGUCCCACAUGUAACAUAUUUUUGUAAAAUUAACUAAAAUUUAUAAAGAAACAAAGGUACCUACACAAGUUCCAAUAUCGAAAACAAAAAGUACCUUUCCCCAAAAACACAAUAAUAAAAAACAAA